GGGCAGGGUCCCGCCAUGCAGGCGCCGGAGCGGGACGGGGCGGCGGCGGGGGGAGGCGGCCCCGAGGCGGCGGCGUCGGCGCUGAGCCCCCCCCCGGAGCCGCCCCCCGGCAAGGCGGCCGCCUUCGACCUGCUGGGGCUGGUGCGCAGCUACCGGCGGCUGGAGCUGUACCUGGAACCGCUGCGGGACGCUGCCGAGGCCGUGCGCUGCCUCCUCCGGUGGCAGCGGCCGCUGUGCUCCCUGCUGGCCUGCCUCGGCCUCAACCUCCUCCUGCUCACCCUGGACCGAGCCGCCUGGUACUCGGUGCUGGCACUGCUGGUGCUGCUGCCCGCCCUGCUGGGCUACCUGCAGGAGACGUGCCGCGCCCGGCCGGCGCAGCAGGAGCUGGAGCGCAGGAGGCAGCACAGCGUGCGCAGGGAGGAGCUGCGCAGCGUGCGGCUCUCGCGCCAGGAGGCCCUCGCCCAGGUCAAGGGCUUCCUGAUCCAGCUGGAGGGCUUCCUGAGCGGGCUGUGCUGCAGCUGCGAGGCGGCGUACCGGGUGCUGUACUGGGAGAACCCCGCCGUGUCUUCCCAGUUCUACGGGGCGCUGCUGGGCUCUGUCUGCAUCCUCUACCUGCUGCCGCUCUGCUGGGUCAUGGCCAUCCUCAACAGCACCCUCUUCCUGGGCAACCCCCAGUUCUACCAAGUGAUAAAGGAGCUCAAGGCCUCGAUCGAGCAGUGUCUGGGCACCAAACCCCUCGAGAGUGCUCCGGAGCCUGCCGAGGCCCUGCCAGCUGCUGCCCCGCCGGACCGGACCCCCACACCCACCAGCACGGAGGACCUUACCCCUGGCAGCGUGGAGGAAGCAGAGGAGGCAGAGCCCGAUGAAGAGUUCAAGGAUGCUAUUGAGGAGAACCAGCUGCUGGUCCUGGAGGACGAUGAGGGCUCUCAGUGCUCAGCAGACUUCGACCUCGGCCUCCCAGACAACGGCUUUAUGAGCAAAAACGACGUGAUCCGCAGCAAGGUGUCGCGCCUGACCGAGCGCCUGCGCAAGCGCUACCCCAGCAACAACUUUGGGAGCUGCACGGGCUGCGGAGCCACCUUCUCUGUGCUCAAGAAGAGGCGGAGCUGCAGUAACUGUGGGAACAGCUUCUGCUCCAGGUGCUGCUCCUUCAAAGUUCCCAAGGCCGUGAUGGGAGCCACGGCCCCGGAGGCUCAGAGGGAGACGGUGUUUGUGUGCGCGCUGUGCAACCAGGUGCUCACCAAGUGACUGCGGCAGCUCCUGGGCGCCGUGCUGCCUGCUGCGGGCCCUGCCCUUGCUGGCCGGGAGCCCCCUUCCCAGCCUGGUGUCACCACCCUGCCGGAGGACGGCGGUGCGGGCUGCUCCCCCUGCCAGCACGGGGCUGGGGGCAGACCCAGGCGCUGCUUGCUGCACCGUGGAUCCCCGCAGCAGAGCGCUGCCCACAGCUGUGCCCCCGUCCCUGCGGCUGCCCCAGAUGCUCAGUGGGGCUCCCCAGCACUGACUGCACCCUGCCCAGAGCUUGCCCGGGGCCUGGCUUGGUGAUGGAGCAGCCAUCCUCCCUCCUACCCUACCUCCGCCUCCUGGCAGGGGCAGAGCAGCCCCGGGGCUCCGUCCUGACCUGCCUGAGCACUGUGCGGGGUGGCUGCUUUUGGGAUCAAGUCGGAGCUCUGCCUGCACUCCCAGGAGAAGUGACCUUGGUCCCGGCUCAUCACUCCUGUGCUCCUUGGCCUCGCUGCGUUCAGGUUUAGUCCCCAACCCCUCCCCGUUUGGCUGUAGCAGAGGAGGCGAGGGGGUAAGUGUGGGCUGGGCUGCGUGAGCGGCUCUCGGCUGCGGCGAGAGAUCUCCGAGUUGGUGCUGCUCUGUGUACGUAGUGACUGCUGCUUCUGCUGCAGGUUAAUGUAUGUGUAUAUAGGGAAUGACCAAUAAAUCUCUUGCCACCAGC